GAUACUGGAUAAGAGAAACUCACGAAAUUUCGAUAUUGGAACAUUAUUCAAAGACAAAUUAUUUUAAUUCUCUACGACCGCAUUGUCAAGACGGCCGAUUUGUGGCGCUCAUAAUCGCAAUCUCUCGGUUUAAUUUGCAGCGUUCCUCUUACAGAAAAAGUAAUCUUCGCAGAGUAUAGUCAGCUAUUCAACUCCUCAAAGCUCCAGACCAGACCAGAAACCAGAUACCCUCGCAUUCUCACCAUGGCGGAACAGCAGCAACGUCUCCAAGCUCUCACCGAGGAAUAUCAGAAGCUCCAAACAGAUCUCCAAACCUCCAUUUCUUCCCGCCAAAAGCUCGAAUCCCAACAACAAGAAAACAAGAGCGUUCAAAAAGAAUUCUCCGCCCUCUCCUCCGACUCCAACAUCUACAAGCUCGUUGGCCCGGUCCUCCUAAAGCAAGAUAAAACCGAAGCUGUCAUGGCCGUUGACGGAAGAUUAGAAUUUAUCGAGAAGGAAAUAAAAAGAGUCGAGCAAGCUAUCAAAGACGUACAAGACAAGAGUGACGGCUUAAAGAUGGAGAUAAUAAAACUCCAAUCCGAGACUCAAGGGGCCCAACCCCAAGCCGCAGCCUAAAACCCCAUCAGCUAGCAAACAUGAAAGUAGUCCCAAGAAAUCCAGCAAAAGUGAGGCGGGCGUUAAUAUCAUCAGGAAUGUAUAAAAUAUACACACAAAAGUAUGUAUGUACCGGAGCAUUUGCAUGGCCAAGGGCGUUAGAUAUCCAUUGACUACGAUUCCUACGUACUAGAUAUGCGUAUGACAUAUCUCACAUCAUAGUAAAGCGAGCAAGAAGUGACUCUGACCAUCCAAGAUCUCAUUUUCUUCCCGCGUAGUCAUAAUCAACACAAACAAACGCCUCUUGAUUUCGAUAGAUAAGUACGCAUCUAGCCAGUCACACGUGAAGAUGUGGAUUCCAAAGCUCAUUGUAAUCAAUAUUUAAAUCUCAAUGUUGUAAAUAAAGCUCUCUUUAGAAGCCCCUUUA